GCUUGCGCAGUGCCCGGACGCGGGCGUUUCUCCUUUUUUUUCGAAUCGGGUUUGAGGGGUAGAUUCGAGUUACAAAAUGGCGGCCUAGACUGCGCUCCCCGCCGUUUCCCUGGGGGUCUCUGGCUUAGUGGAUGUCUCCGCGUCUCGGUGCCGAGCUCACAGACACGCGGCCCCCGGGGGUCAUGGUGUUGGAGACUCCGGGCUUGCUGGCCACCAAGUCCUCCGAGGCUCUCAGCGCACCGGAAGCGGCCAGCCGCCGCCUGGGCCCCGAGCGCAGCCAUCGCCGCCGCGUCCCUGCUCGCCGCCCCACCCACGAGCCAGCGAGAGCUGCGGCGGCCGCCGGAGAGAUUCGAAAAAAUGGCCAAAAGAAUUGCCGAGAAGGAAUUGACAGAUAGAAACUGGGACCAAGAAGAUGAAGCUGAAGAGGUGGGAACAUUUUCAGUGGCCAGUGAGGAAGUCUUGAAGAAUAGAGCCAUAAAGAAAGCAAAGCGGAGAAAUGUUGGGUCUGAAUCUGACAGUGGAGGAGCCUUCAAAGGUUUUAAAGGCUUGGUUGUGCCUUCUGGAGGUGGAGGGUUUUCUGGAUUUGGUAGUGGCCCUGGAGGGAAGCCUCUGGAAGGACUGUCUAAUGGAAACAGCACUAGUGCCCCUCCCUUCACUGGUGCAAGGGCAGCAGCAGAGCCUAAGGCAACCUUUGGUUCUUUUGCUGCAAAUGGCCCAACUGCCUUGGUGGAUAAAAAGAUUUCAGAUCCCAAAACUAACGGCAGCAGUCCGCAGCCCUCGUCCUCCAGCCUUGCUUCUAGCACAGCCUGUGCAGGGAGCACCUACCACAAACAGCUGGCGGCCUUGAACUGCUCCGUUCGGGACUGGAUAGUGAAGCACGUGAACACAAACCCCCUGUGUGACCUGACACCCAUCUUUAAGGACUAUGAGAAGUACCUGGCCACUAUUGAGCAACAGCAUGACAAUAGUGGCAGUGGAAACUCUGAAAGCGGAACGAGCCAGAUGUCAGUUGACACACAGACCCCUUCCCUGUUUGGUUCAGCAAAACUAUCACAAGAGUCAACAUUUUUGUUUCAUGGCAACAAAACUGAGGACAUAUCUGAGAAGAAAAUGGAGGUUGUGUCUGAAAAGAAAACCGACAUAACACCAGAAGCAGCAAGUGUCUCAUUUAAUUUCGGCAAGAAAAUUGAUAGCUCUGUUUUGGGCUCACUGAGCUCUGGUCCCUCGGCUGGAUUUUCAUUUUCACCUGGAAACUCCAGUUUAUUUAGUAAAGAUAUUACCCAGAGUAAACCAGUUUCUUCACCAUUUUCUGCUAAAACAUUGGAGGGUCAAGCAGAAGGUGGCAGUAAUGAAUGCAAAGGUGGAGACGAAGAGGAGAGUGAUGAGCCUCCCAAGGUGGUGGUCACUGAAGUGAAGGAAGAAGACGCCUUCUACUCCACCAAGUGUAAACUAUUUUACAAGAAAGACAAUGAAUUUAAAGAGAAGGGUGUGGGGACCCUGCACUUAAAGCCUACAGCAAGUCAGAAGACACAGCUCUUAGUACGGGCCGACACCAAUUUAGGCAACAUACUAUUGAAUGUUUUGAUUCCACCCAAUAUGCCAUGUAGCCGAACAGGGAAAAACAAUGUACUCAUUGUCUGCAUUCCAAACCCACCACUUGAUGAGAAGAGUGCCACCGUCCCUGCCACCAUGUUGAUUCGGGUGAAAACUAGUGAGGAUGCAGACGAGUUGCACAGGAUUUUACUGGAGAAAAAGGGCGCCUGAAGGUGAAGUCGGAGGAGGCAUUGCCAAGUUGCUGCUCCCCCACCUCCCUUUAAACUUAGUUUUUCUUUUCUUUGACCUUCUAAGGACUUCUAGAUAACUUAAAACUGUUGUGGGGAAGAUUAAGGCCAAUAAAACCUUUCAAUGUUUUAUUUCAAUGUCAAGGAACUGUAUUCUCCCUUCUUCCAAGACUGACAACUGUGCAAAAUACAUUCGAAUGAAAUUUUUUGGAAGUUUUUUAAAUGUUCAUUUGUUUAUUAAACUAACUGUUAGUGAUUUCUUAAUGGACUGCAGUCAGGGUUUGGAUUAGCUUUCCCAAAGGCUUUUCUGAUCCGUGGGGUUUCGGGUCGCUACCAGCACUGGCAAGGCUUCCUGACGGCGGAUGCGGCAUCCAGGAAGAAACCUGCUGGUGUGGUUCUUAYGCGUGGGCGCAACGGAUGUGUGAGACCAGCACUCUACCAAAUGAACCAGCCGCCAUGCUGUGACCGAUGUUGUCUUCUGCUCUGUUGUAUGUUCCGUUUUCAAACUGCAGGGUGGGCACUCACCGUUCACUGUGGGUGUGCGUCGUCAACUUAUGAUUUGCAGACAUUGGCCUUUAACCCUGUGGGCUGCUUUACUGUAAUUCAGGAACUGCAUUUUCAUUUUAAAAGGAAGCAGGUUGCUCGAGAAGGAGUUCUUGGGUUUURCAUAUCUAGUUUUGUAGUUUUUAUUCAUGAGGUGCUAUUAUUUGUUUAUUCCCCAGAGACAAUUAAGAUAGAAGGGGAUUAUUGCCAGGAAUGGGGUUUAAAAGCACAAAUUUGGUAGCUUAUCAUUUCUAGAAAUGACCAUGGACAUCAAACCCUUGAGAAGAGAAGUGAAGUCAGACUGCACUAGAAAAGAAAAAUGUGUUCAUAGUCACUUGUACCUUAAAUGAACCCCAUAGAUCUAAAAAAUUUACGUAGGAGGAGUUUGAAUUCACUAGGAAACAUGAACUUAAGGUAGUGGAGAAGGAAACUGUGUAUGAAGUUUGCCUUUAACUUUAGACAGCGGUAUAUUUAUACACCUAUUAUCUGAAGUAACUUUUUUUUUAAGAAUAAAAUACUCCGUGUGUCCAUUUGGAGCCAUGGUUGUGCCCAGGAAUAUCAAGUCACUUCUCCAGAGCUGUCAGGUAGCACUAGCUUGCUUUGAAGACUGGGCACGUGAAUUACAUGCAAGAUUUAAUGUCUAAAUUCCCACUUUGAUUCCUUGUGAAUUAAAAAUGAAAGUGCUAGUGCCAGCUGGUGCUGUCUCAGGGCUCAGGGUCACUGCCCACUUGAAAAUCCUCAUCUUCAGUAUGUAAUGUGCCUGACUUAGGAAACAGGAAUCAGAAUACUUGUGGGUGGUCUGGGUGCUUUUAGAAACUGCAGUCUUCAGGUGUGGUGCGUGGAGCGCUCUGCACGGGUAGCUUGCUCUGGAGCCCUUGAGGUGAGGAGAUGGUGAGAUUUUGUGAUGCCUGUGACUGAGCAGUUUCUGAUUUCAGUGGGAGAAUUUGGCCUAGAGUGUGGCUCUGAGUAAAUACGUGCAGAGAGGUGUGCUGGUUGUGCUGUUAGGGAUGUGGCUCAACUUUUACUCUGUUGUGAGGCCUGGGGAGGAGGCGGCAGGUAGGUUUGCAUUUACCUUCGAAUUGAGAAUGCUCAAGAGUUUUCAUUAAAGAUGAUUUAUGGUAAGCAAGUGGUUGAUACUGUUAAAAUGACACUGGCCCUGCCCUAUUCAUAUUAACUUUCUGAAAAAUGAAAGGUAAUAGGGGGACAAAUUUCAGGAUGUGACUGCUCAGCCUCACCUGCUGCCUUGGCACCAUCCCACAUACUCACUCUCAGGCCGCAGAGGAGCAUAGCAGUGUCCUGGGGCGUGGGGGGGAGUAUGUGGCCUACGUCUGCAUGUGUCAUAGGUGUUUACAAAAGCAGCAUGAAAGCUUGUGUCACCUUCUAACCUCCUUCCCUGACACCAGGUUUGUUUUUAAAUUAGUGGAUGUGUGUGGCUUUCUUUGUCCUAACAUUCCCAGCAAAUUUUUGCUGCUAAGACUAUCACUAUUAAAGUGAGAAUUAUAGGGGAAAAUGAUGCUUCGACUCAAAAUGUGAUAUUUUCUUGAAAAUUUUUAUGCUUUAGGAUCUUGUUGGACCCACUUAGUGUAUUCAUAUAAAUGAACCUGAGUAUGAGUGUAUUUUAUGAUAAAAUCCAACACCUUAUAUAUUGCUUGGGGUUAGGGGCCCCUGGAGGGCUUACCCAGUUUUUCUCUACUGUGUGUUAAUAACUAAUUCUAGCCUGUGGGUUAUUUUAGUCUGAUAUAUUCUAACAAAAUGUUAGAAGUUAGACUUUGGAAUGUUCAAUAUGGACUGAAAAUUUCCAUCUUUGGUUUGAAAAUCCAUAACUUGUAUCUCGUGUAUGAGACCUGAAGCGGGGCUCGUGUGUGCACGCACUGGUCACACGGCAUUUUUAAUUCUAAGUCAGAUUUCAUCUUGAUCUCAUUCUGGAAGUGGGAGCUCUAGGGAAACCUGGCUUGUUCUGCAGCAAAACCUAUAGAGGGCGCAGCCUGUCAGCGUCUUCUCUCCCCAUCCUGCGCUGAGUGGCCAUCAUGUAAGGACUAAGGACUCUCCACUUGAUGCGGACAGCACUCUAAGGGAGAUGCAAAACUUCUUAACAAUCAAAUGGAUAAACUGUUUGCUUUUUACUUUGUGCUAAGUAUCCCGUGGCCUUUUUUUCCCCMAAAACUGAUGGGUCCUUGCCAUUCCCAGGAGGCAGAAGGCUGAGUGUUAUGCCGCCCGCCUUAGUAGAAUCACACUGGAAACRUUGGUUUUAAAAGAACUUUAGUGUUUUACAUGGGAGGCCAAGUCUGACUGUGGACUGAUUUUCUUGAAGAGAAUUAUGUUUUACAGUUUCAAUUCUAAAUCAUAUUCUAUGCUGCAUGCCAAAAAAAGUAAUAAUAAUGCCUGUUCUUGGAGAGAAAAUAUUCCACCUUAGCACUAGAAUUCAGAACAGGUGUUCACAGAGAGCCUUUCAGUGUGCUGUCGGGUCGAGGUCUGCUGUCCUUGGUGUCUCUGUGGAGUCGCAGUGCAGGUGUGAUGGGUUAGAGGGCUCUUCGGACUCUGGCGUCCUYGCACCUUCUCAUCCUGGAAACACGGCUUGUCCUGUAGCCUGUAGAGGGCAGCAGCCUGUCGACUGGCCUUUGGUUCUUCCAACCGUGCACUGAGCACAGGCUCUGUGWGUUCCUAGCCAGAGGCCUCCAUGGUGAGGACUAAGGACUCUCCAUUUGAUGCGGACACCACUCUAAGGGAGAUGUAGAACUUCUUAGCAAUCAAAUGGAUAAACUGUUGUUUUUACUUUAAAUAGGAAAUUGUUUUCUAAGACUAAAAUACUUGAAUUGUUAAACAUAAUCUCAGUUUGUAUUAGUUUUGAAUGAUCCCGUUGAGGGAGUGUUAAUCCAUGAAAUGUGAAUAAA